UGUAUAGGGUAAAAGUGUACUCAUGAACCACGUGCGCACUCACACGGGCGAGAAGCCGUUCUCGUGCGCUGAGUGCGGCCGCCGCUUCACGCAGCGCACCGCCAUGCGCACUCACACGCGUCUCGUACAUCUCAAAGUGCGCCGCAACGCCAAGGUGAGUGUGUACACAGACAGACACGUGUCUACAUGUACACUGUACUCGUGCGCUGAGUGCGGCCGCCGCUUCACGCAGCGCACCGCCAUGCGCACUCACACGCGUCUCGUACAUCUCAAAGUGCGCCGCAACGCCAAGGUGAGUGUGUACACAGACAGACACGUGUCUACAUGUACACUGUACUCGUGCGCUGAGUGCGGCCGCCGCUUCACGCAGCGCACCGCCAUGCGCACUCACACGCGUCUCGUACAUCUCAAAGUGCGCCGCAACGCCAAGGUGAGUGUGUACACAGACAGACACGUGUCUACAUGUACACUGUACUCGUGCGCUGAGUGCGGCCGCCGCUUCACGCAGCGCACCGCCAUGCGCACUCACACGCGUCUCGUACAUCUCAAAGUGCGCCGCAACGCCAAGGUGAGUGUGUACACAGACAGACACGUGUCUACAGGUACACUGUACUCGUGCGCUGAGUGCGGCCGCCGCUUCACGCAGCGCACCGCCAUGCGCACUCACACGCGUCUCGUACAUCUCAAAGUGCGCCGCAACGCCAAGGUGAGUGUGUACACAGACAGACACGUGUCUACAUGUACACUGUACUCGUGCGCUGAGUGCGGCCGCCGCUUCACGCAGCGCACCGCCAUGCGCACUCACACGCGUCUCGUACAUCUCAAAGUGCGCCGCAACGCCAAGGUGAGUGUGUACACAGACAGACACGUGUCUACAUGUACACUGUACUCGUGCGCUGAGUGCGGCCGCCGCUUCACGCAGCGCACCGCCAUGCGCACUCACACGCGUCUCGUACAUCUCAAAGUGCGCCGCAACGCCAAGGUGAGUGUGUACACAGACAGACACGUGUCUACAUGUACACUGUACUCGUGCGCUGAGUGCGGCCGCCGCUUCACGCAGCGCACCGCCAUGCGCACUCACACGCGUCUCGUACAUCUCAAAGUGCGCCGCAACGCCAAGGUGAGUGUGUACACAGACAGACACGUGUCUACAUGUACACUGUACUCGUGCGCUGAGUGCGGCCGCCGCUUCACGCAGCGCACCGCCAUGCGCACUCACACGCGUCUCGUACAUCUCAAAGUGCGCCGCAACGCCAAGGUGAGUGUGUACACAGACAGACACGUGUCUACAUGUACACUGUACUCGUGCGCUGAGUGCGGCCGCCGCUUCACGCAGCGCACCGCCAUGCGCACUCACACGCGUCUCGUACAUCUCAAAGUGCGCCGCAACGCCAAGGUGAGUGUGUACACAGACAGACACGUGUCUACAUGUACACUGUACUCGUGCGCUGAGUGCGGCCGCCGCUUCACGCAGCGCACCGCCAUGCGCACUCACACGCGUCUCGUACAUCUCAAAGUGCGCCGCAACGCCAAGGUGAGUGUGUACACAGACAGACACGUGUCUACAUGUACACUGUACUCGUGCGCUGAGUGCGGCCGCCGCUUCACGCAGCGCACCGCCAUGCGCACUCACACGCGUCUCGUACAUCUCAAAGUGCGCCGCAACGCCAAGGUGAGUGUGUACACAGACAGACACGUGUCUACAUGUACACUGUACUCGUGCGCUGAGUGCGGCCGCCGCUUCACGCAGCGCACCGCCAUGCGCACUCACACGCGUCUCGUACAUCUCAAAGUGCGCCGCAACGCCAAGGUGAGUGUGUACACAGACAGACACGUGUCUACAUGUACACUGUACUCGUGCGCUGAGUGCGGCCGCCGCUUCACGCAGCGCACCGCCAUGCGCACUCACACGCGUCUCGUACAUCUCAAAGUGCGCCGCAACGCCAAGGUGAGUGUGUACACAGACAGACACGUGUCUACAUGUACACUGUACUCGUGCGCUGAGUGCGGCCGCCGCUUCACGCAGCGCACCGCCAUGCGCACUCACACGCGUCUCGUACAUCUCAAAGUGCGCCGCAACGCCAAGGUGAGUGUGUACACAGACAGACACGUGUCUACAUGUACACUGUACUCGUGCGCUGAGUGCGGCCGCCGCUUCACGCAGCGCACCGCCAUGCGCACUCACACGCGUCUCGUACAUCUCAAAGUGCGCCGCAACGCCAAGAUAAAACCAGAACCGGAUCCAUCAGAAGAGAUCCAACUCAAGAUAGUGGAAACGUACACUAAAAAAGAGAACCAACAAAUUAAAUUAGUGGAAACGAUAGCUAAGCGAGAGAAUAAUUUAGUGUUCGAAGAUUGGCAAGGACCUGUCAAUUCUGAUGUCUACUUCCAUGUCACUGCUGGACCCUGACCUUAGAAAGGAGAUGAAAGAAGAUAACAGAAGAUUAGCGUCAUAGAUGAACAAUUCUAGAACGCUAUCUCUUCUCACUAUUUCUUAAUAAAGGAUGGCAAAGAGACAGUUUUGGGCAGAGGAUGGAUUGUAAAAGACGAAAUUGUUA